GACGGGGGAGGCGCAUGCGUAGUGCGCAGGUCGCGCAUGCUCAGAAAGGAGUGGCUGUGGGGUUGGCUCUUCUCUUGUGUUUGGGAAGGGGAGGUAGCGACGGGAUCAGCGGCCAUGAGCGGAUUCGGCGCUGGCGGAGCCCCGCUCAGGAGCACCGGUAGCGAAACUCUGGAGAAGAUCGACAUGUCGCUCGAUGAUAUUAUUAAAUUGAAUAAGAAAGAAGAGAGGAAGCAGUAUUCUCCCAGAAUGAAGAGGGGCCUGCAACAGGGUGGCACACGGCAGUUCCGGAUGAAGAGGACCAAAUGGGGGAUCCAGGACUACACAGGUUUUGGAAAGAACCGUUUAGGACGCAGAAAGCGGAUGGCUGGAAAGAGGCCCCCUUAUGGUGUCAAAACAGGACUAGCAGCAAGAAAAGCCUUAGGAGCUCACAAAGGCAUCAGCCCCCUCAACAGAUCACCUCUCAGUGAAAAGAACAUACAGCGGAACUACUCUGUUUUGAAAAGGAAGACUGCCGUCCAAAGACAGUCUGAGUUACAGAGAAAGCAAGGCGCCAUGCUCAGGAGACCUACCUUGUUAAACAGCAGAACUAAUGUACAGUCUCCUUCUGCCAGAAUUGGAAACAAGUUAUAUCAGCAGAAAGAUGCACGCCAAGCAACUUUCCUGUUCAAGCGGGGCCUGAAGGUGCAGGCACAAAUACAUCCUGAAGAUGACCUAACCAGCCAGGACACAAACAGAACUCGUCCAUGGCAAACAUCCACUACAAAUGGAGGCAUUCUUACUGUAUCUAUUGACAAUCCUGGUGCAAUACCAUCCUCCAUUUCCUUAAAGCCAAGGCUGGCCAACACUCCUGUGCCUCCCUUUCUCAUGAAGAGGGAGCAGUCGGAAGAGAAGAAGAUCCCUAAAGGCGUUCCACUGCAGUUCGAUAUUAACAGUGUUGGAAAGCAGACAAACAUGACCCUCAAUGAGCGCUUUGGGAUCCUGAAGGAGCAGAGGACAGCCCUUUCUCAGAACAAAGGUAGCCGCUUUGUGACGGUGGGCUAGGGGCUGCCCAAGGAGUCCCGUCUUUCUAAGGAACUGGACUAGCGGUGGGCCGAAAAAAAAUGGGACUUUGUGUCAAGAUGCUGAUGAAACUGAGUAUCUUUUUUUAAAAAAAACAAAAACAUCUGCUUUGAUUUUCACUAGUUAAAAAGAAAAUGCACAUGAUACUGGACCAUAAAAAGAGAAAAUUUAGUGUGCUUGGUAAAUAACAUCCCGUGUCUGGAUGGGAAGAAUCCAUAUAAGCCCCCAGCAGGGGUGCGCAACGCCAAUUGUUCUUAUUUUGAUUUUGUAAGUAGCCACCAGUGAAGUUGGUGGUCAGUGUGGUGGUCAGUCUUUGCUCCUCCCACAACUGCAAAGUUGGAAAUUGGAUCCUUUCAUUGUACCUACCCCUUGCUGCCAAAGUUUGCUUAACCCUUGUGGGGAUGGCAGUUCGCUGCUCCCGACUGCCCUUCUGUUGUUUCAGCUCAAAACUUCUUUAUCCCACUGAAGCUCUGCAGUUCUCCUGGCACUGGAAGCAAAAACUGCUUGGCAGCUGAGGUGGCAAAGUAAGAAUCCAUAAUUUGAUGGGGACGAAAAGGUGUAGUGGUUAUUGUUACGCUCUUAAGUGACAGAGUGAAGCCUCGCCUGAGGGGGUUGCAAGAACCUAGUCCACAUGCUUGAGAAACAAACAUGUCAGUCUCUGUGGGGUACAAGUAUUAGACCAGCCUUUCCCAACUAGUGGGCCACCAGAUGUUGUUGGACCACAAUUCCCAUCUUUCCUGACCAUUGGCAGUGCUGGCUGAGGCUGAUGGGAGUUGUGGUCCAACAACACCUGGUGGCCCACUAGUUGGGAAAGGCUGUGUUAGACCAAUACAAGUUAGAUGCUUUUUUAAGCUGCCAGUUUGCUUCAGAUCCUUAUUAGCUUCAAACUAUUUUUUAUGACCAUUUAAUGUUACCAGAUAAAUUAUUUUGGUUGUUGUGUUGCAGACAUGUGCACUUCGUGAUUCCUAUAGCUAGUGGCAGAUCAAACAGGUGAGCAUUGGGGGCAGGGGGCUGUCAAGGGACCCCCCUGUGGUAUCAAGGGAUCAAAAGUAGUGGGAGCCGGCAUGUGAGCACCCAUCCACCCAAAUUCUUGGAAUUCAAAGAUUGUAUAUCACAAUUUUCAGGAUGGGCCCAAAGUCCUUGAUCCGGCAUUCAGGUUAGCCGUGUUGAGAACCAUAGUGUGAGCUUUACAAUUGCCUUUGAGGAGACCUCUCACUUCCUGGAUGAAAAAUGUCCAUAGUAGGUCCAUUGAGAGGCACACCUAGGUAUAAAAGGAUGCUACUAAGUUUGCUCAAUUUCUGAAACCUGUUAUGUGUAACAUGAUUUUUGUUAUUUUAUUGACAUUUCUAAAUAAUUAGUUUAUUGUGGAGAGCAAAACAAAAAUUUCUUUGGCAGUCGCAGGGCCUUCUUUAGAUCAGUUUUUAAAUAGUCAUGCAUCCAUGAUAAUUUAAUGUUCAACUUCUUCUGUUUUUAAUUCUUUGAAAUAUCUUCUAUAUCUUUGCAAUGGAAAAAGUUUGGAAUAUAAAAGUUCCUCUUUUUUUACAUUGUUAGUAGGAAUUCUGUUGAAGUCUGUUAGAACUGAAGUAGACUAUAUAUGCUUAUGAUCAUCCUGUGUUUGGUUUCUACCAGGAUGCACUUAAAAAUUGAAAUCCUUUUGCAUCAGCGUGGAUGCAAAACAUUGAUGCAAUGCAUCUCAAGAGAGCUAGUUUGUAUUUAAGGAGAAUAUGCUUUAAACUGUACCUUUUGGUAUUUUUUUUGAAAUGUUAAUACAUUUGGAUCUAUUCUAAAGCUGUUGGACUUUUUAAAAAUAAAAAUAUUACAAGUUU